AUCUGGUUCCCAUUUCUACGGUUGCUCGAUGUGCCAUGUCAAAGUUAAAAGAUCUUUCAAGUCUCCAACCUUCCUCUAUUUCAUUUCCCCCUUAUCUACACUCUGCUGCAAUACGCAGCACAGACCCUCUCACUCUCUUCUCUGACACAUUCCCAACUCAAUCCUGCAAUUUAGAGAACACCCCGGCACCGGAGCAAAGGAAUUGGUUUCUCCAGAUGAUAAAGGAGGCCGGUUUGGGUUUAUGAGCCUCGGGGAAUUCUAUCAAAAUGGACGCUUCAAGAACUUUGCUUUCUUCACCACCGCCCUUCCCUGCAAGAAUCCAAUCGAAAAGCUCCGUCUCUUCUUCAGUGUUGAUGCUACACGAGCACGUUGCCCCCUUAGCUUCUACGGUUCCUUCCACUUCCACCGCUCGACAUCUGCCUACCUCUGCGCUUUUACAAGAGCAGCGCGAUGAGUAUUGGCCUCUCCUCAACUCGUCCAAGGAUGAACCGACAUCUCAGGCAUUGACGGACGGAAGACAGACUGAUAUUGGGACUUGGAUCCAUGAAGGGGAGAAUUCAGAUGAUGUAGACAAAUUGGUGCGGGACUUAGAGCAACAGCUGCUUCACAGUCAUUCUUUUUGGAAUGCAGAGCCAUGUAUACGAGCGGGGAGAAAUCGGUUGUCACCAGAGCCAGCUAUUGGACCAUGCAGUGCAAUCGAUCUAGCGAAGGAAGCUUUAAGUGCCUCAAAAGAAGCAGCAUUGUUAGCUGAAAACAGCACCGAUGUUGAUAGUGCCGCCAGCUUGAAAUCCCCUACUUCAUCUGGAUUUGCAGCCGAUGAGGUGAAAAUAGUUAGGUCCACUCGCCGUUCAGAGAGGCCUUCCAAGAGUCGAAGAAUGUCACGAACUAAGUAUGCAUUUGAUCAGACUCCAAGUUCUAGGAAGCCUAAUAAUGUACAGAAAAGGACAAAUGAAGCUUUCCAGCUCAAUGAUCCUGUUCGAUUAUUCUUGGCUGCUCCUGAGACAAAACAACUUUUGACAGCUGAGGAGGAAUCUAACAUUGUCAUCCAAGUUCAGGAAAUGAUGAAGUUGGAAGAGGUGAAGAGCAGGCUUCAAUCUCAGUUUGGCCGUGAACCAACAUUUUCUGAAUGGGCUGAAGCUGUAGGGCUGAGUCGUUUUGUCUUGAAGUCACGACUUCACUCUGGUACAAGCUGCAGAGAGAAGCUGAUUAAUGGGAAUUUGAGGAUGGUUGUUCAUAUUGCCAAACAAUAUCAAGGACGUGGUCUUGGUCUCCAGGACUUGCUGCAGGAGGGAAGUAUUGGUCUCAUGAGGAGCAUUGAGAAGUUCAAACCUCAAGCUGGUUGUCGCUUUCCUUCUUAUGCUUAUUGGUGGAUAAGGCAAACUAUUAGAAAAGCCAUAUAUCAGCAUUCUAGGACAAUUCGCUUACCGGAUAACUUGUAUGCGCUACUUGGAAAGGUAAUAGAAGCCAAGAGAGGCUGUAAUAGGGAAGGCAAUCAUGAUCCUAGCAAAGAAGAUAUUGCAAGAAAGGCUGGAAUCACUGUUGAAAAGUUGGAGAAGUUGCAGUUUGCUGCAAGAAUACCAAUCUCAAUGCAACAGACUGUUUGGACGGAUCAAGACACUACUUUCCAAGAAAUUACUGCAGAUCAGGGGGUCAUGACACCAGAGUUGGAGGUGGCGAAGCAGCUGAUGAGGCGGCACAUUCGUGGCCUACUAACGAUUCUGAGCCCAAGGGAGAGGCAGAUCAUCAAGCUGAGAUUUGGCAUCGACGACGGCAAAAGGGUGUCGUUGUUGGAGAUUGGUAACAUUAAGGGAACAAAAAGGGACUUCAGUACCGCGAUUUUGGAGCGCAAGAAGGCUGCCAACCGCUUGGUAGUCGACGAGGCUGUCAACGAUGACAACUCCGUCGUCGCUCUCCAUCCCGACACCAUGGAGAAGCUACAGCUUUUCCGCGGUGAUACCAUCUUGAUAAAGGGAAAGAAGAGAAAAGAUACCAUCUGCAUUGCCCUUGCUGAUGAGACAUGCGACGAGCCAAAGAUUAGGAUGAACAAGGUUGUUAGGUCAAACCUCAGGGUUAGACUUGGAGACGUUGUGUCUGUUCACCAAUGCCCUGAUGUCAAGUAUGGAAAGCGUGUUCACAUUCUACCCAUUGAUGAUUCAAUUGAAGGGGUCACUGGAAAUCUUUUUGAUGCAUAUUUGAAACCGUAUUUCUUGGAGGCUUAUCGCCCUGUUCGCAAGGGUGAUCUUUUCCUUGUGAGAGGAGGAAUGAGGAGUGUGGAGUUCAAAGUUAUUGAGACUGAUCCAGCAGAGUACUGUGUGGUUGCUCCGGACACCGAGAUUUUCUGUGAGGGAGAGCCUGUGAGACGAGAAGAUGAGAAUCGAUUGGAUGAAGUCGGUUAUGAUGAUGUUGGUGGGGUCAGGAAGCAAAUGGCUCAAAUUCGUGAGUUGGUGGAGCUUCCAUUGAGGCAUCCACAGUUAUUCAAAUCGAUUGGUGUGAAGCCACCGAAGGGUAUCCUGCUGUACGGGCCUCCUGGUUCUGGUAAAACUCUUAUUGCCCGUGCUGUUGCGAAUGAAACUGGCGCGUUCUUCUUCUGUAUCAAUGGACCGGAGAUCAUGUCAAAAUUGGCUGGUGAGAGUGAAAGCAACCUGAGGAAAGCUUUUGAGGAAGCAGAGAAGAAUGCACCAUCUAUUAUUUUCAUUGACGAGAUUGAUUCAAUUGCUCCCAAGCGAGAGAAAACAAAUGGUGAAGUUGAGAGAAGGAUUGUCUCCCAGCUGUUGACAUUGAUGGAUGGACUGAAAUCCCGUGCACACGUUAUUGUCAUGGGAGCUACUAACCGUCCCAAUAGCAUUGACCCAGCCCUUAGAAGGUUUGGAAGAUUUGAUAGGGAGAUUGAUAUUGGUGUCCCGGAUGAGGUUGGCCGUCUGGAGGUGCUCCGCAUUCAUACUAAGAAUAUGAAACUAGCUGAAGAUGUUGAUCUAGAAAGGAUUUCAAAGGACACACAUGGAUAUGUUGGUGCUGACUUGGCUGCUCUCUGCACUGAAGCUGCUCUUCAGUGCAUUAGGGAGAAGAUGGAUGUAAUUGACUUGGAAGAUGAAUCUAUAGAUGCUGAAAUACUAAACUCCAUGGCAGUUUCCAAUGAGCACUUCGCAACUGCACUUGGAACAAGCAACCCGUCUGCAUUGCGUGAAACUGUUGUCGAGGUUCCUAAUUGUAGUUGGGAGGAUAUUGGAGGCCUGGAGAAUGUUAAGCGGGAACUUCAAGAGACUGUUCAAUAUCCAGUGGAGCACCCUGAGAAAUUCGAGAAGUUUGGGAUGUCACCCUCAAAAGGGGUGCUCUUCUAUGGCCCUCCUGGCUGUGGCAAAACCUUGCUGGCUAAAGCAAUUGCCAAUGAGUGCCAGGCAAACUUCAUCAGUGUGAAGGGUCCUGAAUUGCUUACAAUGUGGUUUGGUGAGAGUGAGGCCAAUGUUAGAGAGAUUUUUGACAAGGCUCGCGGUUCUGCUCCAUGUGUGCUCUUCUUUGACGAACUUGACUCCAUUGCUACCCAGAGAGGGAGCAGCGUUGGAGAUGCUGGAGGUGCUGCUGAUAGGGUCUUGAAUCAGCUUCUGACAGAGAUGGAUGGCAUGUCUGCAAAAAAAACCGUUUUUAUAAUUGGUGCAACGAACAGACCAGACAUCAUUGACCCUGCACUCUUGCGUCCCGGACGUCUUGAUCAAUUGAUAUAUAUACCCUUGCCUGAUGAGGAGUCACGUCUUCAAAUUUUCAAGGCCUGCUUGAGGAAAUCUCCAGUCUCCAAAGAUGUCGACCUCAGAGCUCUAGCCAAGUAUACUCAAGGCUUCAGUGGUGCUGACAUCACUGAAAUUUGCCAGCGUGCUUGCAAGUAUGCCAUCAGGGAGAACAUUGAGAAGGACAUUGAGAGGGAAAGGAGAAGGAGAGAUAAUCCUGAAGCAAUGGAAGAAGAUGAGGUUGAGGAUGAGGUUGCUGAAAUCAAGGCGGCACACUUUGAGGAGUCGAUGAAGUAUGCUCGCAGGAGUGUGAGCGAUGCCGACAUCCGGAAGUACCAAGCUUUUGCACAGACAUUGCAGCAGUCCAGAGGGUUUGGAUCCGAGUUCAGAUUCUCUGAAACCAGCGGUGGAGCUGCCGCUGCGGCGUCUGAUCCAUUUGCAACUGCUGCUGCUGCCGAUGAAGAUGAUCUUUACAGUUGAUAAGUUUUAUUAUCUCGAAAUCUGUGAUAUGUUAGUUCCAUCCAUCCAGGAUCUACAUGGAACCAUUCUGUUUAUUUUUCGUGUUGUAGCAUAAACUUCCCCCGGGGAUAUCUUUUGAUUUUGCGUAGAGCUUUCUCAGGUUGUUGAUAAUUCAGAAUAUGGGUAUCGGGGAUGAUGAUGCUUUAAAACUUGAGAGCAAGCUUCAGGUAUUGGUUUCUAUAUAGGAGGAGGAUUCAAUAGUGUUUAAGAGGCAUCUCAGGAUCGAUUUGAUGGCUUGUCACAAAUAAUCACAAAAUCUAAGUUUUUUUUUAUAGGCAAUCACAAAUUCUAAGUUAGUGUCAGAGCAUACUGGAAAAGUAUAAUAA